AUCAAGCCCUGGCCAGCUCUGGCAUCACUGUGGGACAACAAUAAUGGUGGGUUUGGAUGUCGCGAAACUUUUACAUCGAGGACCUCAAGCUAUUUUCACUUUCUCUUUCGUUGUUCUUUCCUUCUGCGUCUGCAGUGGAUCUGUACACAAUGGAGCGGAGCUGUCCAGCGCUGAAUCUCACGUCCUGAGGCACCCUUCCAGUGAAAACGUUCAUCACCUGAUUUUCGCAAACGAAAGCACAGUUUCUCGUGUUUACCGAAGCAAGGCAGACUUGAUCUACAGCGUCGGAGAUAUUCCCCAGCAGCAGCUCCAGGCGAGGCCCCUGGUUCGAGAUGCUGGCCACGAGAGCUGCCCAUCGGACGUGCCUUGCAACAGGCUCAACGCCGAGUGUCUUACGUGCAAGUUCAACUACUCUUGCGUUUAUGGUGAUGAAGUCACCGUUAUGUGCCAGCCCAAGCCGGGAAUCAAGUGCAUUGACAAGUCUGGUGCCUUUGAGCGAAAGAUGAUCUGCCGCUACUGCUAUCAGACAGCAAACAGUGAGCACACCUGUGACCACAACAGCACCUGCCAGGUAAACAGUGCUCCACGUCAGCGCUACAUUGCAACGUGCAACGUCCGGCCUGAUGUUCUCUGUCUUGGUAGGAGGCAAUUCCACAAGAACCUGCUCUGCAAUUGGACCAGGGGCUACAGCUGGUGGACAGCCCUAGUACUCAGCAUUGUGCUUGGUGGCUUUGGAGCAGACCGGUUCUACCUGGGCAUGUGGCAAGAGGGCAUUGGCAAGCUCUUCAGCUUUGGUGGUCUCGGUGUCUGGACGCUGGUCGAUGUCGUCCUCGUGGCUGCAGGCUAUUUGGGGCCUGCUGAUGGUUCCCUUUACAUUUCGUGAUGGGGCAUUCUAGUCGGUUACGGGAUUUGUUACAGUGCACUCAGAAGGGGCUGAUGCGCUUAUGCCAGCUGCAGGUGUGCCAAAUAGCUCUGGGUAGAGUUGCAGCAGGAAAAUCUCCCCCCCUCCAUCCCACUUAUAGUGACAGCGCAACAAACAAAAGGCCUGAUCUCUGGGUGCCUACAUUCCGGCCCAGAAAAAUGUGUGCAGUGAGGUUUGUGACAAAAAGCCAGACUUGUUACCCUCCUCUGAAUCACCAGGUGACGUUGGUUCAUUUCUCUAAACCCACAACAUUUUACUUGAACCAUCUUCACUACAUAAAGCUUUUUUUGUUUUGUUUUUUAAACGAAAGCUGCAUGUAAGUUUUGGCGAUUUGCUAGGCGAGUACAGAACCACGGUUGAUGCCAUAUCUUCAAAAGCACAGUGGUAUGCAAGGACCUCGCAGCAUUGCUUACAAAGGAAGCAAACCCCGGUGAGGAUACUAUCGAGCAGGUGUCAGGGAAGACAAACAUACAGUUCGGUGCUGUAAUGCUUCAAGCAGUUUAUAGCAUUUUUGUGAGAAAUUUUACCAUGUUCUGCGGUUGGAUAUUUUCCCUGACUGUUUUCUGGCAGUGCAUUCUUGGUCAAUCACUUCCAGUGUGUGCCAAUUGGUCAGACGGCAAAAAAAACAGGCGGCUGGGAUGCACAGUUGGCAUUGAACCACGGAAAAGGUGAAUGUUUUGGCAGUCUGAACAUGCCACCUGGUACUGCAUUCGGAUUUCCAGCCUAUUGUGAUACAGUUGAACCUCACUAUAACGAAGUUGCAUCGGACACGAAAAUACCUUCCUCAUAUCCGAUAUUCAUUAUAAGCGUGCACACAAGUAUUGAUGAAAAAAGUAUUCCUAUCAGGUCUAUGUAAAAGAAGCACAAGUGGGGUGCCUCCGAUGGGCCAGCAGCAGGUCCUGCAGAUUUUUGAUGACCUGUCGACACCUUGCUGUGCCGAUACAAGACACAGGAACAACAAUAAAUUAUGUACACGUGCUCUGCACCACCAUGAAUGCACCGUGCUCUGCACCAAAUAAAUGUGCGUUGCACCGCCGCACGGGCAAGCGAUUAAGUUUCCUCAGUGUAUAACUGAUACCGUGUCCGAUCCUGCAUUUUCGAUUUCAGUUAGAGCAGGAUAAUACUCCAUUGAAAUAAAGAAUCGCCAACCAAAUGCUAUAUUUGCUCCAUUAUAUUAGAUAUUUCGUUAUAUCCGUGUUAUAGCAAGGUUCAACUGUACGUGUGAACAACAUGGCCUUUAGAAGAAACAGCAUAAACGUCUCUUCCUUGCAUCCUGUUCUUUUGCACUAUUUCUGCACAAGUCAUGAACCCAAAUGCAUACACGCUUCGACAUAGCAUUGUGUGGUUUUACUGGCUGCUAGCACAAACUGCUGGGAAAUUCAACAUUUUCACUGAACCAAUGCUUUGUGAACCUUUGAUGCCUGGCUGUACACAUUUUCUGUCGGGUGUACAUCACAUACAAGUGAGAGUGUCACCAAAGGUAAUAACCUCUCAAGGAUUCAGCCUCCUUGGCUAAAGCUUUGUGAUCCACACAGGGUUAAUGUGAUCAGAUCAGUUUGGGGAAACAAGCAGACGGUCAGUCGCGGAACAUGCCCAAUAUACGUGGCCUGUAAAUAGGUGUUGUACACACAGCUCCAGCCCUCCCCAAUAACGGUUCCCUCAGAGUAAUGGAAACUAGUGGGAGGCCAUGUUGAAAAGAAUGCAAAAUGAGCAUAGUAACACCUCUGGCGUAAUGAAUGAUUGCGUCAUGGCUUGCUCCUGUAGUAAGGCAGGUAAGGAAGCCGUGUGAGAAUCUUAUUAAGUGCUGUCCAACAUCGUAAAAGUGCAACAAAGUUCUGCAUGUGCAUAGGAUUUGCAUGGCCUCUGGGAUUGUUGCAUUCCACUGUUGCAACAGCCCAGUCCACCAGAAUCUCGAAGCCCAUGAUUUUGGCAUACUGCACUGUCAUCACUUGUAAUGGGACAAGCAGAAUGUGCUGCACACAACCUAGAGUGCACUAGGCAAGCUUGGUCCAGUAAAUUAAACUUGGAGCAUGAAAUGGAGGUGUAGUCGAGCGAACAGAAAACAUGUUUAUGGCAGCUUUCCAGGGUAGUUGACACAGAACAGGGGCCACCGAAAGCAAUGGGUGACAAAAUGUCUGGUGUAUUUUGGACACCAAAACAGCAUAAAUCACUCCACAACACUGCAGUAAGAUCACAAUGUGGUUUUGUAAUCUUACUCCAAAUAGCAUAAUACUAUCAUCAGCGUAAGGAAAAGCACAUUACAGUGGAAUCGCAUUGAUACAAUUCUGCAUAAUACGUUUUUCAGGCUAAUGCAUUUUUUUUUUCUUUUCCCGAUAAUACAGUUUAGUUGGAUAAUACGAGGGACGUUCCGAAAGCAAGUUUCAUCUUUUAUUUUCACGCAGAAACAUUAUUGCCGAAUAGAAAUACACCAUGACAUCAGGAACUAUACACGUUGCACUAUUUUUCCGACAUAGUCGCCAUCGACAUUGAUACAUUUGUCGUAGUGUGCAAUCAGUUGGAAGAAACCACUCAGGUAAAACUCGGUGCCCUGUGAUGCAAGGAAUUGUCGCACAGCUUGUUCCACGUCGGCAUUGUUUCGGAAGCGACGUCCCGAGAGUGCGGCUUGUCCUGUACUCUAGUAAUGUUGUUUUCAUUCGUGGAUUUGGAGGGUCACUCACUUCGACCUUCAUCCUCCACACUCUGCCAUCCUUCACUGAACAUGCAACACCAGCGACCAACCGUUUGACGAGACAUGACCUCUUCACCAUACACGAUCUGUAGGCGUUCAUGGAUGAUGGACACACUAGUCCCACGUGCCCAUUCAUACCGGAUAACAGCACGCACUUCCAUUGGCGACCACAUUGUCAGCACACAUCUGACUCAGUGAUUCAGUCACUGAGUGACACAUCAGCGAUUUGUACUCGAAUAACCUCGGGCACACCGGUCUGCUGCUACUCUCUCUUCUUCGGCGCUCUGCACAUGCGUCAUUCCUCCUCCACUGGCGCUCCUUCCAUUGUUGAAUGAGCAACUGGCAUGGAUUCUUAUAGGCGAUUUUUUGUUUCACAUGGUCUACCAUGUUCUCUUUAAAAAAAAUGACCAAACUUACUUUCGAAACGUUCCUCGUACAUUGAAUAAUAAGAUUGUCGGAUGGUACGCUUUGUUUUCUGGCUCCCAUGAAGAUCGUAUCCACGAGAUUCCACUGUACAGGCUUUUCUUUUUUUGCUGCUAUGAAUUCUGCUGCUGCACGUGUUGCUUGUUCUAGUAAAACGCUCCAUUUCACCUCCAUAUUUUGGAAUAUUCAAAGAAAAGGAGACCAGAAUUUAACUUUCAUGUCACGUUUAAGAGUUUGGGGAAAAACUGUGCGUAGGCAACCCUGCUGUCGGAAUUAAGGGAAGGCUUCGACAGUUUGCCAGAGAAUUCAUAAAAUGCCAGACUUGUUGAGUGCUACAAUAGUCAUCACUAUCCUAUUGUUAUUCUCAAUAGUACUUCAGGAGGAAUUAAAUGGAGCUUUGUUCAUGAAGGCACAUUUGAACUGCACACAUGCAGCAAGAGCUGCUGCAUACUGUGAAACGAAUGCUCUCUGCAGUGAUUUGCCUACCACAGAAAAUGCGUCAUCAGGCAAUGCCUUUUCUGGUUGAAAUCUUAAUUGUGUAAAGCCUCCUUUCAAAGUAGUGUUGUUACUCGGUUGCAUGUCUAUACCAUGACAUGCUUGCAAAUAAUUGAAGGUGGAUCACUAGAGCUUCAGUAAACAACUGUUUGUUGGAGUUGGGCAUGUUGCAGAGCAAUUUUUGUAUAUAUUGUACACAAAGUAUUGUAUGAUUGCUUGGAAAUAAACUCUUCCUUAACUUAA